AUGAAAUCCAAAACGUGGAUUUUCAGGGAUGUCUUAUCUAGUCACCGAACCAAAGCGUUUGAUAGUUUACUUUGUAGGAGACUCCCUGUAUCAAAGGCAACGAAGCAUCUUCAACUGGGAGAACAUUUCCUGUUCUUCCCACCAUCAUUCGAAAAAUUGGAUAGAGAUGGUUAUUUUAACUAUCAAAAUCCUGCAAGUUUGCUAGGAAACCCUGAUUUACGCUACCGUAGAAGGAUUUGGGGACAAGGAGAGCUUGUUCAGUAUUUACCAGUCACCUUAGACCAGGAGUAUACAUGCCACGAAUCAAUCAAAUACGUAAAAAAAAUACGAGAUGAACAUGUUGUCUGUAUUGAAAGAACCCUUUUACAAGAAAGGCCCGAAAAUGUGUCGAGUCCAAUGGACAUUUGCUUAUUCGAGAGAAGGGUAUUAAUGUACACCAAUUCACCCGCAAACAAGACUGCAGUCAAGAUGCCCGUAGGAGAGGAGAACUAUAAGAUCUUAAAAAAUUUUACUGUUACUGAUAUGGAUAUUGUAGCUUAUGGUCAGAUGUCUUUGAAUCCGCACCGAAUUCAUUGGGACAAAGAGUACAGUCGCUAUGUUGAAGGCUACGACGAUAUUAUCAUGCAAGGACCCUUCUCGGUCCAAUUACUACAGAAAUGCAUCCAACCUUUUCUCGAACAACCAAUCAGACAGUUGCGAUACCGCAAUUUGAAUUAUAUAUAUCCAAACACUACUUUGAGCAUAUGUCAGUCUUUAAGCUCUUCGAGCGGAAUGUACACAUUUCAAAUUAGGGACCUCCAGAAAGCCAACUUAGUCUACAUGAAAGCUGAUGUUUUCUGUUGA